UGGGCUCAGUUUCUUCUUAGAUUUCCGCAAAAAACGUAUGCAUUCAAUUUGAUACAAGUUCCCUUCUCUACAAGUGCACCACUUCAGAAUGCUAUCAUCAAAUGGUGCAGGAUUAGUAAUUGCAGUUGCAUUUUUCCUUGCUAUGACAAUAGCCGCCAGAAACAUUGUUUGCUACUAUGGCACUUGGGCCGCCUAUCGGAACGGAAAUGGAAAAUUUUCGGUGAGCAAUAUUGACCCUUCCCUGUGUACGCAUCUGAUAUAUGCAUUCGUUGGCAUCAAUGCAAACGGAACCAUCCGCGUUCUGGACCCAUGGCUUGAUCUGGAAGAUAAUUGGGGCCUCGGAACUAUCCGACGGUUUAACGAUUUGAAGAGCUCUAACCCGAACCUAAAAACGCUGGUCGCCGUCGGUGGAUGGAACGAGGGUUCCCAAAGAUUUUCCACCGUUGCAGAGAAUCCCAUUUUAAGGAAACGGUUUGCUCUUGACGCUGCUCGAUUCUGCUCGUACCAUGGAUUUGAUGGACUUGAUGUUGACUGGGAAUAUCCGGCGCAACGUGAUGGAGAUCCAAAGAUUGAUCGGGAAAACUUUGUGACGCUUCUGGCUGAUCUGAGAGAAGAGUUUUCUAAGCGCGGACUUUUACUAGCUGCAGCUGUUGCAGCGGCUGAGUCAUCGGCUUCGAUUUCUUACAACAUUCCGGAAAUAGCCAAAUAUCUAGAUUUCAUAAACUUGAUGGCGUACGAUCUUCAUGGCCCUUGGGAGUCUAGAACUGGUCACAAUGCUCCGCUCUAUAUAGGACCUCAUGAUAAUACCACUAAUAAAAUGCAGUUGAAUGUGAAUAGCAGUGUAAACUAUUGGCUUAGCCAAGGAGCUCCGGCAUGGAAGAUCAUGUUGGGAGUCGCAUUUUACGGAAGAUCGUUCACACUACGAUCAAAUAAUGAACACGGUGUAGGAGCCCCAACAAGUGGUCCAGGUCAGGCUGGUCAGUAUACUUACGAGUCAGGGUUCCUCGGUUACAAUGAGAUUUGUGAAAAAUUAGCGGCUGACAAGUGGAAUCAAUGUUGGGAUGCGGAUCAGAAGGUACCUUUCGCUUAUGGUGGCAGUCAAUGGGUAGGAUACGAUAACGUCGAAAGUUUAUCACUGAAGUGUGAUUUUGUAGACCAACACGAACUAGGUGGCGUGAUGUUAUGGUCUGUCGAAACCGACGAUUUCCAUGGAAGGUGUGGUGAAAAAUUUACUCUGUUGAAUAUGCUUAAUGAAAGAUUGUUCGGCUCACCUGCGAAUACAAGCACCACCCCAAGUGUUCCUCCUUCAAUUACCACAGAUGCCAGUUCACCCACGAGGACAACAACUACAACACAAACUACUGUGACGAUGACCGAUACUUCAACAACAACUCAGCAAAGCCAUUCAUCUGAUUCUGAUGAAUUUGUGUGUGUUACUAUGGGAUAUUUCCGCGAUCCUAACAGUUGUGCUAAAUUUUAUUACUGUGAUAAUAAUGGCUCUCGUUUUGAGUUCGAGUGUCCCGAAGGUCUGUUCUACGAUGAAGAAAAAUUAGUUUGUAACUGGCCAAGUGUUGUGAACUGUCAACUGAUUUUGAUAGUUUUGGUGUCCGUUAUUUUGGAAAUAUGUGCUGAAAAAAAAAUCGUCUGCUACGUAGGCACAUGGGCUGUUUACAGGCCCGGACGAGGUCGCUUUGACAUCGAUCACAUUGACCCGUUCCUGUGCACUCAUCUAGUGUAUGCGUUCUUCGGAAUCAACGAGGAUGGAUCGAUUAGAAUCAUUGAUCCUUACUUGGAUUUGGAGGAGAACUGGGGUCGAGGGCAUGUGAAGCGCUUCAAUAACCUGAAGUCCGUGAAUCCAGCACUGAAGACGCUGGCAGCUGUUGGUGGUUGGAAUGAAGGCUCGAAGAAAUUUUCUGUUGUAGCUGCAAAUCCACAGCGGAGGAAACACUUCAUUCGAAGUAGCGUAGAGUUUUGUCGGACGCACAACUUCGACGGGAUUGAUCUUGACUGGGAGUAUCCAGCGCAACGUGGCGGUGAUGUGAAUUUCGAUGUGGAAAACCAUGCGAGCUGGCUCGAGGAAAUAAGAGAAGAAUUCGAUCGCCAUGGAUUGAUCUUGAGUGCAGCGGUGGCAUCCGCUCGAUUUUCAGCAGAACUUUCAUACAACAUUCCACGUGUUUCGGCUGCACUCCACUUUAUCAACGUAAUGACCUACGAUAUGCAUGGGGCAUGGGAUGACUACUGUGGACUUAAUGCACCUCUUUACGCCGGACCAGCCGAUGUGACGGUCAUACAAAAGCAAUUGAAUGUCAACUCCAGCAUCCACUACUGGUUGUCGCAAGGUGCACCAAAGGACAAACUGAUCAUGGGGGUGCCACUCUACGGACGAUCAUUCACACUGGCAAAUGCUGCCAAUGAUUACGUAGGGGCAUCCGUUAGCGGGCCCGGCAUCGCAGGACCGUACUCCAGGGAACCAGGUGUGAUGGGAUACAAUGAGUUUUGUGAGAAACUUCAAAAUGAGCACUGGGAUAUUCGCACAAGUGCUGAGCAAUUUGGCCUGUACGCUGUUAGUAAUAAUCAGUGGCUAGGGUUUGAAGAUCCUAGUACUGUUAAAUAUAAGAUGGACUACCUUCUUCAAAUGGAACUGGGAGGAGCCAUGGUAUGGUCAUUAGAAUCUGAUGAUUUUCUUGGAGUAUGUCACGGUCAAAACAAUAUUUUGAUGAAUACAAUUUAUUCCUCCUUGAACAACGGGUUGUCGCCACCUACUACAGUAGCAACAACGUCUACAACCGCAUCAGUUGCUGCUGAAUGCUCGGGAGAUGGUCUUUUCCCCAACCCGGACUCGUGCCAAAAGUACUACGCUUGUUCAAAUGGACGUGUUUUUGAAUUCUCUUGUCCUAAUGGAUUAUUGUUUGAUCCAGUGAAUCAGAUAUGCAAUUGGCCUGAAAUGGUAGAUUGUGAGGAAAAUAAUCAGCUAUAAGUACAAUGAAUAAAACAUUCAAAUAACACUGUUUA